AUGAAACUUCCUCAUGAACUUGAAAGAUUAGAUAAAUCAAAUGAACAUAUAUAUGAACAAAUGAUGAGUAAUGAUGAUAAUAAAGAUGAUACAAAUACACAUCAUGAUACUGAUAUACUUUAUAAUCAACGUUUAUUAUGUGGUCAUACUGGACCAAUAUAUGAUUUAUCAAUGUCACGUGAAAAAUGGUUUUUACUUUCAUGUUCAGAAGAUUGUACUAUACGUCUAUGGAGUUUAUUAACAUGGACAUGUUUAAUUACAUUUCGUGGUCAUACACAACCUGUAUUUGAUGUACAAUUUGGUCAUUAUUUUGCAUCAUGUUCACUUGAUAAAACAGUACGUUUAUGA